GAAAGUGCUACGUUAGCCUAUAUCAUACUUGUAUUCUUCGAGUGUAUAAGAGUAGAUGGAAGUGCAUUAACCUUGUAAACAUGCCUGACAAGGGUCAAGAAUCACAAAAGAAAAACGAAGAGAAACGAAGUAAAAACCGGCAAACUCAGGAUGAGGAAGCCCAGAGGACUUCUGGUACAAGGGACAAUCACUCAUCAGUGCUGUCAAAUGACUCUAACGAACUGUGGACCAAAACUCUCACGCUGAACCAUGUGUUCGCGGGACCUCACGGGGCGUUGGUGCCAGGAGGGAUGGUAGACGAGGAUACAGUGAGCAUCACCUCUACCAGAACAAGAACUCAGCUAGUUCUAAAGAGGAGAGAGGAGGAAGAAGAACCCAUCGAUUUAGAGACCGCCAUCUUGUGCACAGGCCACGGCUUCUUCCAGUGGAAGUUGGCUGGAAUCUGCGGUCUCAUCUACGCUUGUUGUUCUUUGAGCACCACGACUCUAUCGUUCGUUCUUCCUGCAGCACAGUAUGACUUUAACUUGAACUCUGUCGACAAGGGUGUCCUUAACACGGCACCACUUUGGGGGAUGGUGAUUGGAUCUUACGUCUGGGGAAACUUUGCAGACAGCAGAGGAAGAAGAUUUGUACUCUUCUGGGCGUUAUUGAUAGACGCAAUGGCUUCUUUCGUUUCAAGUUUUUGCCAAGCAUAUAGUGUGUUCUAUAUCGUCAGGAUGUUCAACGGGUUCGGAAUCAUAGGGGCUACCAGUAUCGUAUUUUGCUACAUGGGGGAGUUUCUAGACCACGACCAUCGUGACAGAUACCUUUCCAGGCUGGAGAUUUCCUGGACCAUGGGGAUCAUCUCACUUCCCCUCAUCGGGUUUGCGAUUCUCCCUUUGGACUUUACGAUAGGAUCGAAAGACGAGUUUGUUGAGUACAACUCGUGGAGAUUGUUCGUGUUCGUGUGUGGAAUCCCGACACUGUGUGCAGCGAUGAUGAUGCUCAUCAUGCCGGAGAGCCCGAGGUUUCUGCUGCUUCAAGGAAAACUUGAAAAGACGAGAAAAGUGCUUGCAAAAAUGUACGCGGUGAACCAUAGAAAAACAUCUGAUGAAUUCCCUAUUAAGGUUUUAGACACGCAUCCCGAAGCCGAUUCUUAUCAAUAUGGAAGUAAAGGUAAAAGGUCGUGUUUGAAAGCAGUCAAAGAAACUUUGGUGGCCAUAAUAAAACAGCACAAGGCAUUGUUUAGUGGUAGAUCUUGUGUCAACAUUCUGCUUACAUGCUACAUAGACUUUUGUCUCAUUUCCGUGUACUACACAAUGAUGCUUUGGGUCCCUGAGCUUUUGAACAGGGAAGAGAAAUAUUACCAAGAACACCCAGGCCGUCAUCCGACUUUAUGUGAGGUGUCAAAGAUGAUGCUGGAUGACAAGCCGAAAGACCACAAGAUUCCUAUCAGCACCUUUGUGCAUACCAUCAUCACAUGUUUAGCUUGUCUACCGACCACCUUUGCACUGCUAGCGAUCAUGCCCUAUGUACCCAAGAAGGUGCUAAUGUUCGGCAUAAUGUUGUGUUCAGCCGUUCCCGCUGUUGCUCUUGCUCAUGUCAAUUCCACGCCAAUGACUGUGGCGAUGCUGAGCACCCUCAAGUCAAUGACCAAUCUGGCGGAAGCUGUGUUAUUCUGUAUCGUCGUGGAGAUCUUCCCCAUCACGACACGAGGGACAGCCAUGUCUUUCACCGUCACUCUCGGCCGCAUCGGAUCUGUCAUCGGCAACAUCGUCUUCGGCGCUAUGAUAGACAGACAAUGUGAACAGCUGUUUUACGGUAUGGCAGUAAUUCUUGUGUCAGCUGGGCUCAUUUCUUUAUUUCUGCCAAAAAUAAAACAUCAUUGAGUUAAAAAUAUCAUACUU